AUGGCUACGUAUGUGGAGGAGACGACAUAUGUUCGUUCCGGUAUGUACAAUUGGGAAGGAGACGCAUGGAGUUUCGACAAAAAAGGUCCGUACAUCGAGCUAGUAACGUCACCCAAUAACCCUGACGGAACCAUUAGAGAGACUGUGGUGAACCGUCCAGACGACGAAGAAGCCAAGGUAAUCCAUGACUUUGCCUAUUACUGGCCCCACUACACUCCCAUCACUCGCCGUCAAGACCAUGACAUCAUGCUCUUCACUUUCUCCAAGAUCACAGGCCACGCGGGGUCCCGCAUCGGGUGGGCAUUGGUGAAAGACAAGGAGGUGGCUAAGAAGAUGGUUGGGUAUAUAAUAGUGAACUCGAUCGGUGUGUCUAAGGAGUCACAGGUUCGAACGGCUAAGAUCCUCAAUGUUCUAAAGGAGACUUGUAAGAGUGAGUCCGAGUCUGAGAAUUUCUUCAAGUAUGGUCGUGAGAUGAUGAAGGAUCGGUGGGAGAAGCUACGUGAAGUGGUGAAAGAGAGCGAUGCUUUCACUCUUCCCAAGUACCCUGAAGCAUUUUGCAACUACUUUGGAAAAUCACUCGAAUCUUACCCUGCGUUUGCGUGGUUGGGGACAAAGGAAGAGACGGAUCUGGCAAGUGAAUUGAGGAGACACAAGGUAUUGUGCAGAGCAGGAGAACGUUGUGGAUCUGACAAGAAGCAUGUCCGUGUCAGCAUGCUUAGUCGUGAAGAUGAUUUUAACGCCUUUCUCGAGAGACUUGCCAACAUGAAAGCUCAUUAAAAGCAUUGACCUCUAGAUCAUCAUAAGCACUUAUAACGCCUUACUAUAAUUAAGAUGACUUUUCUAGUUUUUUUUUCUGAAUAAAAUGUAAAAUUUAUCGAAAUUUUUUUUUUACAUCGGCCUUAUUUCAAUCUUGGUUUAAAGUA